AUGUCCGCGACACAGUUGCUCAAUCCCAAGGCGGAGUCCCGGCGACGCGGAGAGGCCUUGAAGGUCAACAUCAGCGCCGGAGAAGGUCUGCAAGAUGUUUUGAAGUCGAACCUGGGUCCUUCGGGCACCUUGAAGAUGCUUGUGGACGGUUCCGGUGGAAUCAAGUUGACCAAAGAUGGAAAUGUGUUGUUGCGCGAGAUGCAAAUUCAAAAUCCGACGGCCGUCAUGAUUGCUCGAGCAGCUACGGCUCAAGACGAUAUCACAGGCGAUGGUACGACAUCGGUUGUUCUGUCUGUCGGAGAGCUCCUGAAACAGGCCGAUCGCCAUAUCUCAGAAGGUCUUCACCCUCGUGUGAUCACAGAUGGUUAUGAGAUCGCAAAGACCGAGGCAUUGAAGUUCUUGGACCAAUUCAAGCUCGAGAAAACUAUCGACAGAGAACUACUGCUCUCUGUAGCUCGCACCUCCCUUUCUACCAAGCUGAACAGCUCUCUCGCCGAGAAACUCACUCCCGACAUUGUUGAUGCUGUUCUGGCCAUCCAGCGUGCGCCUGAGAAGCCCGAUCUGCACAUGAUUGAGAUCAUGACCAUGCAGCACCGCACAUCAUCGGAUACUCAGCUCAUUCGUGGCUUGGCUUUGGAUCACGGUGCUCGUCAUCCUGACAUGCCUAAGCGUGUUGAGAAUGCUUUUAUCCUGACCUUGAACGUUAGUCUUGAGUAUGAGAAGUCUGAGAUCAACUCCGGUUUCUACUAUUCCAGCGCCGAACAGCGUGACAAGUUGGUGGAAAGUGAGCGCAAGUUUGUCGAUGCGAAAUUGCAGAAGAUCGUGGAGUUGAAGAAGUUGGUUUGUGGCAGUGACCCAAAGAAGGGCUUUGUUGUGAUCAACCAGAAGGGCAUUGACCCUCUCAGUCUGGACAUCCUCGUUAAGAACGGCAUCAUGGCCUUACGGAGAGCCAAGCGGAGAAACAUGGAGCGGCUGCAACUCGUUUGCGGUGGCGUCGCUCAAAACAGUGUUGAGGAGAUGACGCCCGAGGUUCUUGGCUGGGCCGGCUUGGUCUACGAGCACCAACUCGGUGAGGAGAAGUACACCUUCGUGGAGGAAGUCAAAGAUCCCAAGUCUGUGACUAUCCUCAUCAAGGGACCUAAUGCCCACACCAUUGCUCAAGUCAAGGAUGCAGUCCGAGACGGUCUCCGCUCCGUUUACAACACCAUUGUCGAUGGCUGCGUCAUUCCCGGAGCUGGCGCAUUCCAGGUUGCUUGCGCCCAGCACCUGAAGUCAGACAAGUUCAACAAGACUGUGAAGGGCAAAGCCAAGUGGGGCGUGGACGCUUUCGCCGAUGCGCUCUUGGUCAUUCCUAAGACACUCGCUGCAAACUCUGGUCACGACGUUCAGGAUUCCUUGGCUGCCAUGCAGGAUGAGUGCAAGGAUGGAGCGGUUGUCGGCUUGGAUUUGAACACUGGUCUUCCCAUGGACCCUGUUCAGGCGGGCGUUUUCGACUCCUACCGCGUGCUUCGGAACUGUGUCGCUUCUAGUACAGGUAUCGCUUCAAACCUGUUGCUCUGUGAUGAGCUCCUGAAGGCUCGCCAAAUGAGCAAGUCCAGUGGCCCCGGCGGAAUGGAAGAGUAA